CUUAUGUAUCUAUUCCUCUAUAUUUCUCUCUCUAAAAUAAUCGAAAAACCUCUUCUUUGUUCAGCUAGGGUUUCUCAAAACUUCGCACUCAAAUUAUAUACGACGAGCUUCAAUCUCCCCGUAAAGAUCUGAUAUUCUUCUUACUCGAUCAAUGUUCUUUCUUUUGAUACCGUUUUCUCGACUGGCCGUGAAGAAUCGAAGCUGGGUUGGUUUUGGAUUUUCUUAGCAGGUACCUAACACAGAUAAAUAAGUUAGUCAUAUAUAGCAUGGAGGCAUCUGCUGGGAUCAAGGGAACUCAUCACAGUUGCAGUUCUAAUCUAAUUGACUCAAUAUCCAUAGAUCUCAUCAAUGCUAUUGAUGACAUUGAUACUAGGAAGUGUGAAUAUUUUUCUAUCCGUGGAUAUGCAUCUGAGAUGCGCAAAAAAGACUGGAAGAAAAGUUGGCCGUUUGCAUUAGAUGGUGACCAGAAUAUUUUUGAAGAACAAAUCUGUAAGCUUCCUCCUUUACUUGUUCCGAAGUUCAGAUGGUGGUGUUGCCAGCACUGUCUGCAGGAAACUGGGACCGAAAGCAUUAUAAACGAAGAAAGAAUUGUUACUAAUAACAGUAGCAAAUUGAAAUCCUUUGGCUCUUGUUCCCAUGUGCCAUCCCGUGGGGAUGCUUUGAUAUGUUCAUCAGAUUUGCAGCAGACUGGAAAGAUUUAUAUUGACUCUAGAAAUUCUGGUGAUGCUGCUUGUGUGAAUAUUAAUAGCAGUACCUGUCAUCCUUUGGUUAGUGAGAAAAGUGAAAAGAAAGCGGGAAAUGCAGAUAUACCGGCUGUAGGGAAAGCAGAUAUCUUAGAGAAUAACAAUAAUAAGGAAAUCCAUAUUUCAAAUUAUGCCGGAAUAGAAGUUUCUAGCCUUAUGUGGAAAACACUUGGUUCUGAUGAAAAAGUUGCUUCUCUGCAACUUUGUAAUCCUGAUUUAAAAGAUAAUGAAGUUGCUGGUGUCAAGAUUCUUGAAUCAAAUGUGGAGUGCACAGUUAAGGAUGCCACUGAAACAUGUGAAAUGGGAAAAUCUGCCUGUGAUCAACAGAUGGAGUUGGUGAGAUGUUCUGGAUCCCAUGGGAUAGCGAGUAUGGCUCACAGGGUUCCCAAUGCUAUUAAGAAUCAUACAGAUGAACAUCCUUCAUUGGAAUUAGGUGAUCGUGGUUAUGCAUCAUCUGAAAGUGAUGAGGUAUUGCCUGGAACUGUGUCUGGCAGCUUGCAUCGAAGAAAAAACCAUAAGGUGCGUCUGGUAACUGAACUGUUGGGUACAAACGACGAUGGAAAAACUAAUCUCACGAGUACUGAGGAUUCUCCUUCCAGUACCAUUCCUAAUGCAUCUAUAGGCAUGGAUUCAAUAUCUACUUCCCAAGGUCAUGUUAAUUUCCACGGAAGUGUUACAAGCAGUUUGGCUCGUAGAAAGAAAAGAAAGACACCACAGGAUGAAGAAUGGGUUCCUAUAGAAUUUAUGUGCUCUCCAAAUAAUGAGCAUAAAAACCUUAAGACCAUCAACGGAGAUGCAGAAAGUGAUGAUGGAAUCACAAGUUCUGAUUCAGAAGGUUCGAUUAACAGAAGCAGCUCACAGGCUCCAUCAAAGAGCAGUUUGGUUAAUGCUAAAGUAGAUAAAGGUCCUAUUCUAGGAAAGAAGAAAAGUAAAAAGACCCAGAAUUUUGAUGAAUGUUCAUCCUUGCACCUGUCUCGAGAAAAUUUGCAGAAGGAAAGACAGAAAAAGCCCCCUGGAGAUACCACUAAGAAUGAUGCCUCUGAUAUUAUUUUGUACAAAUCAAAUGAUGUAUAUACAGGCGGUGGGUUAAAUCCCUUUCCUGAAUCUGCCCUGAAGGCAGAGAAAAAAUCUAAUCUGUUGAAGAAAAAGAGCAAGAUGCAUCAAGAUCAUGAUUGUCAAACUUCUAGAGUUCCUUGGAACAAUGGCAAUCUCAGAGAAGGUCCGAUUUCGAGGAAAGAUGUUGAAAUAAGACAGACUGAGAAUGUAGCUGUCCUGCUUGAAGCAACACAGGAUACACCAGCUAAUCAAGGACUGCAAUUUUCUCCUAAUAAUUCCUUGUCUGCUAAAAGAUAUGAUGCAAAAUAUAGCACUACAAUCAGAUAUGGACAAGGGCAUGUUCUCAGUGAAUACGAUACUGGGGGGAAAGAUCUAAACAUGAAUCAUGUUUCUCAAGCUGAUGUCAACGUUUGGAAGGGAAUGCAUGUUGAUCUCAACAGUAAUCGUACCACGUACAAAAUACCGUUCCUGAAUGAGAUGCAGAAGGACAGAUCUCCUGCUGAAGUUGGUAGUUCUUCGAUUCAGCUAAUGGAUUUCAGUGGUACAAGCAACAACGGGAGAACUGUGGAGUUUCGGGACCAUGAGACAGUUGCUAAGGAACAUUUUGAUAAGUGUGUUGAAAUGGCGUCUGAGGAAGGAGCUGCAGAUGACAUAAUGGAAAUUGUUGAACUCAUGGCAAAGAAUCAGUACGAAAGGUGUCUUCCUGAUACUGAAAUCGAUAAACAGCUACCAGAAACAAGUAACGCCAAAAAUCAUCUGAUGGUGGAUCUUAAUAAAGCAUAUGAAAAUGAAGAGAUGGACUUGUUUAAAGAGACCAUCGAUAAACUGAAACCUCGAGCUAAAAAUGGAAGAAUUGACAAAUUUUUAAGAGGUGAUAAUGUGGGAUCUAGCAAACAAAAGUCAGUUGACUAUUUCUCUCAUAUAGACAUAAACCAGUGCAGCAUGAGUCAAUUGGACCAAAGGUAUUCUCCUGCUGGCUUCAGGCCUUUUCCUCUAUGUGGAGAGAAGCCAUUCGAUGGAAUCCAACUUUCUGCCACCAAUUCCAUCAAGCAAAACAUUGCUCAAAAUUGCCAGUGGAUUGGAAACAUUGUUGGGAAGAAUUCCUCUCAUGCUAAUGUGCGGGCCUUGGGAAUUUGUAAAACCUGCCAGGGUGCUCCACAGCAGAAUAAGGAAGCAGCUCUCCUAUGGCCAUCCAUGAUGCCAAAUAGCAUGUCCUAUAUGCCCAGCGUCCCUCACAAGUGUGCAGAUCAGUUGGCAGAGUUAGACAUGCUUAGACAUUGCCCCAGCAAUCUACCUAAGGGAAAUAUGAGUCGAAAUGAUGACCGGGACUUCUUGAAUUUGGAUUCAAACUAUGAGAAGCCUUGUAGGAGGUUUGUUUCUGAAGCCCUUAGAAGGACACAUGCAGAUUACCCAUUUCCUUGCAAACAUAAUGGGACGGGGUCCUCAGACCUGUAUUCUAAUGAAAUCAUACCAGCCAUGCAUUUACUCAGCCUUAUGGAUGCAGGGUUACAGUCGGGGGCACCUGUUGACGGUUACCAAAGAUUCGUUAAGAAAACUCCGUUUCUUCCUGGUGAUCACUCUAAAGAGUUUUCAAGCAUGCCGUCUUGGGGAUAUAGAACCACUUCAAUGAAGCAUCCAUCAUUUGAUUGCUACGGUAAAAGCCACCUUCCUGGGAGUUUUUGUGAGUGUAUGUCAGUUACUGCAGCAGAUGGUCCAUCAUUCCAGCAUGACAAAAGUUUCAAGGCACCUGAAUUUACAGGUCAUUUUUCACUCAAGUCUAAAGAAAAAGAGAAGAAAAAAUGCUCAGACUCACAAAGGCAGAAUAAAAACCACAAAUCUAAAAGAUUUGUAUCUUCAAAUAGUGGUUUAAAUACUUGUGGAUCUAUUCCUGUUCAUAGCAUGCCUAAAUUGGCACUUGGAACUCCAGAAUUUAUGUUUCCCAGGAAGCUUCAUGUAAUGGAGAGUGCAACAAAACAUAAGCAGAAGACCCGUACUUCGAGUACCCUUGUCCAUCCAAAAAGUGGUUCAGAGAAUGAUAAAUGUGGCAUUAAUAGAAACCCUGCUGACUUUACUGUGCCUGGAGCUGCAAAUAUGUACAUGAUCGAUGGUGAAGACCUGAAAUAUGUAAGGGAAAAAUCCCCCUUGUCUGGCUUGGUAAAAUUGAAUGGGCACAAACGUCAGAGGAAGCUUACGGUUAGAAAGGACCAUUCACGAAAUCGAACUUCAUGAUACUUUUAUCAGUACAUUUUCUGGCAAAAUCGGAACCGCCUUUCUUUGAUACCUCAAAACAAAGAAAAGCUCAAAAGCUUCAUUGUCAGACAUCAAAGCAGUCAUAUUUAGCACACAAGUUGAAUAUUUUGUUCUCGAACUAAUAUUGUUAUACUCGGCGUUUUCCAUUUCCAAGCCCGAGAGCUGCAUGGUAAGGCCUGUAAAUAUUCAUAUGCCUGGAGUUGUCCUAGAAAAGUGUUUGUAAAACCUAAAUAUCGCCUUUAUUAGUACUCGGAAGUGCGUGUUUGUCGUUAAAUAAGUUGGUGUUAGCGCCAUUGUUGAGCCAGUUAUUGGGAGUAGGAACAGGACUGGUAAUCAGUCAAAUAUUAGAGCCCUACAGAGGGAAACUAUGCCCUUUGUUGUUAGUAAUUUUAUUCAGCUGUUAUUCAUAAGGUUUGACAAAGAAGAGAGAAACGGAGAUGUUAUCUUCAUGCGAUACAUACAAUUAUCCUAUUGUGUAUAUUGUAAUAGAUUUUUCGUGUGUUUUGUUUCA